AUGACCUCGGCCGGCGCAUCCAGGAUGGCGUCUCAGUGCCAGUGGUGCCGGCACCCCGUGCUCGCCGCGUCGAUAUCCAGCAGCCCCCGAGGACUGCGACGGGCCAUUCACUACAGUCACCGCCGCGACUCGGCCUGGGCGGCGGCCGUCCAGGUCGCCUCCAACAUGGUGGGCAACGCGGUCAAGACGGCGACAAAGGACCACGGUGGCAUGACCAUCGACCCGCUGCGCGCCGUGGCCAAGGAGAUGAAGUCUCUCACGGGCGACAUCCGCAAGCUCCUCGGAUCCGGCCACCCUUCCCUCGACCGCGUGGCCAAGUACUACACCCAGGCCGAGGGCAAGCACGUGCGGCCGCUGAUCGUCCUCCUGAUGAGCCGGGCGACACACCUCUGCCCUCGGGCCUCCGACUCCUCCUCCUUCUCUCAGCACCCCUCGAUGCGGACCAUUGACACGUCCAUCUCGCCCGCCAAGAUUCUCUCGGACGUCAACCCCGACGCCGUCGCCUCCUCGUCUCCAUUCGUCAUCCAGAAGCAGCAGGCGCAGGAGAUGGCCGAGGAGGGCCACCCCGACAUCCUACCCAGCCAGCGUCGUCUCGCCGAGGUAACAGAGCUGAUACACACGGCCUCGCUUCUGCACGACGACGUCAUCGACCACUCGGUUUCCCGUCGCGGCUCGCCCAGUGCCAACCUCGAAUUCGGCAAUAAGAUGGCCGUCCUAGCCGGCGACUUCCUCCUCGGUCGCGCCUCGGUCGCCCUUGCCCGCCUCCGCAACGCGGAGGUCGUCGAGCUGCUCGCCACCGUCAUCGCCAACCUCGUCGAGGGAGAAUUCAUGCAGCUGAAGAACACGGAGCGCGACGAGCGCAGCCCCAAGUGGUCAGAGGACACUCUCCGCUACUACCUCCAGAAGACGUAUCUGAAGACGGCCAGCCUCAUCUCCAAGUCUUGCCGAUCCGCCGCCCUCCUCGGCGGCUCCGACGCGGUCACCGUCGAGGCUGCCUACUCGUACGGUCGCAACCUGGGUCUCGCAUUCCAGCUUGUCGACGAUAUGCUCGAUUAUACCCGCUCGGAUGCCGAUCUCGGCAAGCCCGCCGGUGCUGACCUCGAGCUCGGUCUGGCUACCGCCCCUCUGCUGUUUGCUUGGAAGCAGGAGCCCGAGCUCGGCGCCCUUGUUGGACGCAAGUUUGAGCGUGAGGGUGAUGUAGAGAGGGCCCGUCAACUGGUCCUCCAGAGCGACGGAGUCGAGCAGACGCGCGCUCUAGCCCAAGAGUACUCGGAAAAGGCCAUGGCUGCCAUUGCCGAUUUCCCCCAAAGCGAAGCCAAGGACGGAUUGAUGGAGAUGGCGUACAAGACGAUCCAGCGACAGAAGUAA